GUGGGCGCUGGGGUUGACGACGUUACGCAGGUUUAGUUAUAGAGAGUUUACACUUUAUAGUAAGCAGGUUAAGAAAGUAAUGUUUAACAACCUUCCAUAGUCAGUGUUUUAAUUGCCAGCAUGCUCCCGUCUUCUAGCAGGGUCAAACUUAACCGAGUCGCGUUAAAAGACGUGAAUGGGGUGAAAGUUUCGCGGCGGCGGAGAAAGGUUACAGCUGAGUCCCAAAACCAAGAGGAACACCACCCUGUUUGUGAACCAGUGUCCGCCUCCGUCCCUAGCAGCCAUGAACCCGUACUAACUCCUUUAACACAGCAAAUGGGCCCUGAAAAUGUGACCGAUACGACCGCUAACACCCCCGAAGACAUUGAUAGAAAUAUUCACCGAAGCCCCACUUCACUUGCUGGUUCAGAAGGGUCUUUGAGAAGAGCUGUCAGAGCCUCCGGCUGUGGUCUCUGUGGUGACUGCAAAUACGUCUCCCCUCAGUGGAAGACAUCGGGUAAGCAAGGGCAAAAAAACAGUAGCCCAGGGCCAGAGCAGCCUACGGUUGAGGUUAAGCUCAAGGAAGAAAACACAGUCACAGAGAACUCUAAGAAGAUUAUUGUAUGGAUAGACCGGUACCCGAAGGUGACGCUGUGCGACAUAGCCCAACAAUGUGAUGCUUUCAGUCACAAUUGUGGCUACGUGUUACCGGAUGUCCUCAAGACCAAGGUUGUGCAUUGCUUCAAACAGGACAUGAGAGCUGGAUUUCAGUUCAGGCCCGGUUGUUUAGGGCAGAACAAACACGAAAGCGAGCAAGGUGCUCUGGCUAAAAACGGAGAGUGUUGUCCCAGGCUUCAGUCUCAAAGUCCGACUGAACACCAGAGACAUCUGAAAGAAAGCACAGAUGCACAGACGGUAUCCAGUCGUACCACGUGUCAUUUCCUCAAGAGUUGGACAAGUGAAGGCUCUGCAACCUGUUCUGCUUCAUUCUUACUAGGUAAAAGUACAAAAAAGGGGAAGUGCAGAACUGGCAUGUUGGACAGAGAUGUUGAGGAGGAUCCUGGACCAGGAUCUCACCUUAUAGGAGAGGGGAUUCCCACAGACAAAAUAAUAAAGCUUGGGGAUAGUGUUAAAGAUGGGUUUUUGCCAUCCACUCCAGAUUCUUUAAAAAGCAUUAGCUGCAAAAACUCAACAGAAACUGACUCUAGAGACAAAGAGAAAACAGGCUUUUGGAUGUCUGAUGACAGUCAGCCCUGUUCAAAGGAUGCAGCUGGGGGCAGCAGCUCGGCUGUGAAAAAAGAUGGUGUCUAUAAGAAAUCUUGGGGAGAGCUAGACAGUCUCACAGAAACUGAUGCAGCACACAUGUCAUCAGAACUGUUCUGUGAGAGGAACGAGGUGGAGGUGGACACGGACGAACCAGACUCAUUCACCUGCCAGAGAGUGAGGACCUAUUUCAGGAAAAAUGCUUUUUCUUGUGCACGCACAUACAUGUCCUGGCCCUUCUCUACCAAUGGCUGGCCCCUUACAGCACGUUCUGGUACCACAGCCUCUCCAGCGGAGGCCAUUGAUCCACCAACUACAGAUAACAGCGGCGACUCAAUAAAUCAAAAUCGGCCAGGUUCAUCAAGCAACCGAACCAACGACAUGCUCCCAAAUGCACCUACAGUCUCCCCUUCAGACACAACCCACCAGGUUUCUCAUCAAAAUGAAGAGAAGCGAGAAGAGGAUGGAGAAAGCAUUUUAGCAGAGAGAAAUGGGAGAAGACAUGGUAAUAUAUCCUCAUACUCUUCAGACAGCAAACACAUGGGGUUUUCCUGCCACUUAAUGGAGGCUGAAGAACCACUAGCUGCGCCAACCUCAGAUACGGCCGCCCUUUCCAACCCAAGCCAGCGUGGAAGAGAGACCGUGACUGAUGCAGCCGGCAGCUCCAGGUCCACCCCUUCCCCAUCGGCUCUGGGCCUGAGUGACUGGGAAGCCACCACCACUUUGUCUUCCAUGUCAUCUCCAUUCACGCCGGGGUUGAGCAGCCUCUCAGCCACACCAUCCUCUCUCCCGCCUUCAUCGUUCCUACUGAGGAAAGUCACAAGUGUUGAGCUGGCUGGUGGCUCUCCACCGGCGUGUAUGGUCGGAGCUGUAGAAAAAGCAUUGUUCCACUGUGAGGAAACCAGAAUGGCUUCAUGCAGUCCCUCAUCCUCUGCUCCCCCACACAGCUCGGACUCCUUUCAGUCGUACGAAUCCUCCCUCCUCCUCCCUCAGGACGAGCAAGUGAGUGAUGAAGAACCUCUCGCAGGCAGGUGCCCACCAAAACUGGAGCCAUAUUAUAAUACAAGCCCCAUUAACCAUGAUCUUAUAAAAGAGAGAUCACUGCACAACGUCCUCACAGAUGAGUGUGUGGAAACGGACUCAAGUGAGUUUAUGCUUCCACCAAUUCUCUCUCCUGUCACUACACCACAAAGGCGCUCAUGGACAAGCUUCCUGCCCGAAAGUCCUGGCUGCGUCGAUGAAGAGGAGGACGAGAUGAACACCAGCAAACACAAAAUGAUACCUGGAUGUCACAUCCCACACAUUGUUAAUGGAAAUAAUGAAAACUCCAAAGAUUAUCUUGAACAUGGUAACAAAGAAUUCGAAGUCUCAACAAACGUCGAAACGCUAAGUACUUUAAGGGUACCUCAGUCUUCUCCCAGCAGUGAUGAAGAUGUUGUCAGCAGUGAUGAAGAUGUUGUCAGCAAUGAUGAAGAUGUUGUCAGUAAUGAAGAGGAAAGCCAGGAUGAUGACGAAGAUGACGUGGAGCAGGGUAGCCAAACAGACCCUAAAAUAAAGGCAACCCUUACCUCAGGUGCUCUGACAAAACCCUGCUCUUCUCCCAGCAGUAAUGAAAGUGACGGCGGAGACUUCAGUGACGAGGGACCGCCACGUUCUACUAGAGAAGAGGGGUCAAGUCCAUGUGAAUUAGUGAGCAGUGACGAGGAUGAGACUAAAGCAGAGGCAGCCGAUGACGCUCAGCAGGGCAUUUUGGACGAGUACACAGCCUAUGAACAUGAUAUCCUGCUGGUCGACGUGGUCCAUGAUGACCCAGAGCUGUUUGAAAACCUGCCCCAACAGAGUUUACUGAAAUUGGGUCCUACCAGGGUUACCGAGGCCCCAAAAACCAUACCUUUUGGAGUGGGGAAAACACUGUCGCUAAAGAUAGAUGGAACCUCACAGGAGUCUGCACAAAGAUCGAGCCCAGUUAUUGAUUUUCACUGGAACAAUCCUGAUCUCACAGAGGAGAGAAACGACAGACCAUGGAGACCUCAAUGUAGCAGAACCCCUUCCAAAAUGCAAAGAAACACGUGGACUGCCACAGAAAAGCAAACCAAAAGCAUGGGUCAGCCUGACGCCAACAACAACCAUAUAAAUGGACUGGAAAGGAGCCAGCCCAUUCAGACAGUCAACUCCCUCCAUAAUUACAUCCCUCCACUUAUGACCAUAAAAAAUGGGCCGAGGAUCAUAAACCCAGCAAACGUGGCAGAGUUUAGGCGCCAGAAAUUUAGUGCUUACUGCAGGCAGUACUUCAGUGAGUCGCUGUCCUGCAGUUUCAAGAUGUGUCGGUUCCAGCAUGUGCCUGUGGAGGGGGAUGAAAAGUUCUGCAUUGAAACCGUGACACGGUUCACCAAAAAUCCAAUGUGCCUUCAAAAAGCAGGAGCUGUGUUUACAAGCUACUACACCAGCAACCCACCUGGAGUGUAUUUUUCCAUGCCGGUGCUUCUAGCGCUCCUCUGGGCUCUGCUCAAAGCCGGCAUGGUGUCUGAUGUCUUCUCAGUCCUUGGCAUCAGCUUGGCCCACAAGAUAGUGCCUGGCCAUGAGUUUGUGUUGGCCCUCUUCAACCUUGUGAGAGAAAAGGGUCUCAUGGGUUUUGUACCUGAACUUAUGCAGCUCACAUCCAAGAUGGCCAGCGCAGGGCUGGUGCUGAGUUUGGACUGCCUUGACUGUGUAAAAAACACUCCUGAGUUCCAACAGACAACCUCUCCAAACUCACAUGUUUCAGUGUCCGGCAACCAAAAGUUAUUCACCACUGCACCCUUUCCCGAGUACCUGAAUUUGGCCCAUGCCGUUGUGGAAAUAGAGCUCUGUACAAAGCAAGAGGACUGGAGGCGGAUGGGGGAGGUUUUCAGGUCCAUCUGCCAAUCCAGUCAACGUCCCAACCAAGUGGAGCGAAUCAGCGGUCGCAUUGCGAUUGCACUGCUGUCUGAGAGUAAAGACAAGCUGUCACUGCCCUUUGCUGCCUUUGCUGAGACAGUGUGUCAGAAUGAAGGUGACGACAGCCUGAUCAGGAGUUUUUUAGGCAGAAUUGGGGUCUCUCUGAUGUUAAGAUACCACAAAACACAUCAAUGGGCCAAGGGUCGGAGGGUGGUGGAGGUGCUGUUCAUUUCAAAAGUCAACUACUCAACACUGAAGGGUUUGUUUGGCAAUGAGGAUGGAGCGUCACGCUGCUACCUGGUCACUGUGGCCACUGAGCUCUUCCUCCUGAGUGGCAGCGUGGAAGGAGCUCUUAACACACUCCGAGAAAACAAAUGGUUCCUGAGUUCGUCCUUGUGGCCGUGUGAGCCUGCUGAUCUGGAGAGUAGGGCUCGUGUGUUGAUACGUCUGGCUGAGAAAACCUCUCACAGAGACACGCUGGAUGUCCUCCGUAAUCUCCCCGGACUCAAGGAACCAAACGACUUGGUCAGUAUCUCCAGGUACCAUCGUCUGUUUAACUCUCACCUGCAAGUGUGUGUGGACAGGCAGACACUUCCUGUAGCUUCAGACACUGUGGACUUCAUGUUCUCUAAAAACCUGGCAGUUGACCACACUGUGCUGCAAAUACUUUUACACAAACUGGGCAAACAGAACCUCUGGCUGCGGGCACGGGAAGUCUUCAGACACUCUCUGAGUAUGGGCUAUUACCCAGGCGUGUCGGCUCCCCCUGGUUUAAUGUCACUGAUCGUCCCCUGUCGACUGAGGGAGGUGGAGCUGGCUCUUGCCUUUGAGAUGUUCAUCACUGUCAACGCAACAGCCAUCCUCCAUCUCUCAGAGACGGCCACUUGCUGCCUCAGCAUCACUCUCAAAAGGACUCAAAGCUGCGAGAGCGAGUACCUCUCCGCUGGUAGCCGCCUCCUCUCCGCAGCGUGUAUCCCUCAGCCCAAACUAAUCNAACUCAUCGCAGGAGCAAGUGUUCACACUUGA